AUGAAGCGGAAAAAGAAAUGGCGAAAAAUACUAUAUGAAGACCAGGGGUACCAGGACAACUAUGUGCACAGCAGUUUUAUGAGCUCCCUCUUGACAAACUGUAAGCAAAAUUUAAAGCGGCGCUUUAAAAGAGUCACUUCGAUGUGUCCCGUCGUGGAGGGGAAUAAGGACGUAUUGAUCGGGAUCAAGUACAAGUAUUCCCACGUCUGCCACAGCAUGCUGUGCGUGAAUCACCAAAUAAUCGUCGUGCUGUUUCUCCUGCUGGCGUACCACUGCAUCGACAAAAACAUAACGUCGAACAGGCUAAUAUACGCAGUCAACAUCACCAUCAUAAUACUCAAGGAGGUGCUAAUUUACCAAGUCCACAAGUCGAUCAACUUGCUGCUGCUCAUUCAUCUUAUGUUUCACAACUACGGGUUUAUAUACGAGAAGAACGAAAAUAUAGACAUAUUCGAUUCGACUUCCCUAAGUUGUGCCGUCAUCGCAAGCGUCAUUCUGGGGUCCCGCCUCGCAUCCAUCGUGCAGCUAAAAAACAUCAGUUACUACAACUACGGCUUGUUCCCCCUGAUGUUCCUAAUUCUAUCCCUCUGCAUAAGAAGCAUUUCCGCCAUCCUGUUUUACUUAAACUUCCUCGGGUGA